GAGACAGAGACAGAGACAGAGACAGAGAGAGACAGAGAGAGCGAGACAGACAGAGGACGACAGAGACAGAGACAGAGAGAGAGAAAGAGACUCAUCAGGAGACAUCUCCAGUGGACAGUUUGACCUCUGCCGUCUGGACCAAACUUUAUUCCUCGUCUGAUUAUAAAGAUGAAGAAAUCUGCAGUGGUUAAUUAAAGAGAACGACGAAGUAAAAAGCUUUGAAACAGGUUUGACAGAACAAGAAGCUGAAGAUGAGUCACGAGGAGGAAACUGUUCCGGACGAAUCUGAAACAAGAGACGAGGAAUCAAAAGAAAACCGUGAAGUCAAAGACGUGAAGGUGAAACUUCAGCUGGAGAAGAAGACGAUCAGCCCGCUGACGCUCCUCAGAGACGACCUCAGCCAGUUUAAAGACGAAGUGCUGAAGGUGUUAAAGGACACGAGGGCGGAGCAUGAGGCCCGUCCGUCCAAUCAGACGGGAAAUAAAGUGAGUAGCAGCACGCUCAGUCUCCUCAGAGACGACCUGAGCCAGUUUAAAGAGGACGUGAGCAGCAUCUUCGGCGUCAACUCAUCCAAAGACAAAGACGUGAAAUCUGCAGAUCCUAAAAGCAGUCAGGCAGCGGAGAGGAGCAUCAACCCUCUGAGCCUCAUCAAAGAGGACAUCUCUAAUGUCUUCAGACUCGCUCUGUCCAAGGACAAAGACAACAGAGACCUCAAGGCCCAGGAAGACAAAAUAAAAGUCCUCAGAGCUGAGAGAACCGAAGACCCCUUUAUGAGGCUGUUCAGAAGAGACCAAACUCUGAGGAGCUGUGAAAGAGCAGAGGACGGACAGGAAGAUAAAAAGACGACUUCGGAAAAGAACGAGAAACAAACAGACGAUGGUUUCACAGGACAACUCUCAGACAGCGAAGACAAGAUCAACACCAUGGAAGACCAAUCAGAGGAGAGCGAUGUGGACGAUGAGUCUGAGGGGAAACCGACGACACGUCAAACUGAGGAGACGAGAUCACAGACAGUCUGUUUAUCUGCAGCCGAUCAGAGAUGUGACCACGACUCUGUGGAUUCAGAGGAAGACGAGAACAAAGAAGAAAAAGGUUCCGAGACUCUUCACUGGGAGAAUCUGAUCUCUGAGCUCAGCCUCAUCAGUCUGAGAGAAGACAAAGACGACGACAGGAGAGACGAGCCGGGAGAAGAACUGUGGUCUGUGAAAAACUUCGCCAUUUAUUUGACCAUGGACCCGAGCACUGCCAACUCAGAGCUGCUCCUGUCCGACCACAACAGGAAGGCGACUCGCGUGUGGUCGGACAAUCGCUACUUGGAAAACAUGGACCGGUUUGAGUGCUGCCCUCAGGUCCUGUGCAGGGAGGCGCUGCUGGAAUCGGUGUACUGGGAGGUGGAGUGGAGCGGCGGCGCCGACAUCGGCGUCACCUACAACAGCAUUUCCAGAGACGGAGACACGGCGAGCUGUCUGCUCGGACACAACGAGAGCUCCUGGAGUCUGGAGUGCUCGGAGGACCGCUACACGCCGUGUUACAACAACAAGAGAUUCAAGUCAUCCUCGCCUGAUCCCUUUACCCGCAGAGUCGGGGUUUACCUGGACUGGUCUGCAGGAUCUCUGUCCUUCUACUGCAUCUCACAGGACGCCAUGGUCCACCUCCACACCUUCACCUCCACCUUCACCCAGCCUCUGUACCCCGGCUUCUGGGUGUGGGCCUACGACGGCUCGGUGUCGCUGUGUCAGGUGGAGUUAAACUGGGAACGUCUGCUGCAGUGAAUCACUGUGACAGCAGUGCCACCAGAAUCCAUGGGGGGGCAGUGUAGCCAAUAGCUCAGACAAGACGACCAUUAGGCACAAAGAAGAAACUUCAACACUGGUGGAACUUUGUGAGAAUUGUUGAUAACCGUCGUUUAUUUGAUGAUUCUUCAGCUGGACACAGAGACGUUGUCACGACCUCCUCCUCCGUCGCCAUGUUUGUUGUUGUCUCUCCGCUCUGUGCUGCCCUCUGGUGGAUAUUUACAACCAUGUCAAUGGACAGGACCCGUUUGAAGUAUGUGGACGGUUCCAUCGUUUGAAACGUGCGUCUCUUUUUUAUACGUAAAGUUUAAAUAAAUGAUCCUUUAGACACUUCAGAAUCAAUCUGAUUGGUUGAUCUGGAGAAUCAGUUAAUUAAACCUCGUUAGAAUCAGUCUGAUAAAAACUGUUUGUUGUCA